AUUUAAGAAGUGAAAUACUGAAUAGGCAAAAUAUGAUUUUGCAUAUUCUUAAUGAUCCGAUUAACCUGCUUCUUUUUUAUUCAAUAUUGUUUUGCUUUAUUUUCAGCGAAUUCAGUUGUCCCCGACUUUCAGAAAAAGUUGGCGGACGUUAUCGCUUUCGAGGAGUACACAUUCAUAUACGAUGUUCAGGAGGGUCUGAUUGACUCGUUCAUCCAACAUCUCCAAGACCAGUCAGCGGCAGACCAGUUAGAGAUGGAGAAGGAGAUGGUGGAUGACAGGGUGGUGGAGGCUGAGGAGGAGGCCGAAGAGGCAGAGCAGGAGGAGAAUGCGGAGAAGAAGGAGACAGUAGACAUGGAGAUCGACGCAGAAGAAGAGAAGGCACAGGAGAUGGACUCGGCAGUUGAGAACAUGAAGAGAGUGGUAGAAAAGUUACCGGACGAGGAGGAGAAGUUGGACAUCCGAUUCGAAGAAGAGCAGAUAGAACUUGGAGAUCAGGAUCUGGUGGUAGCUGCUGAGGAGCAGACAGUAGCGGUAGAGGGGGAGCAGAUUGAGGUUGAGCAUGCUAAGGCGGAGUCGGUGGUGGCUAAAGAGGAAAAGGAAGUGGUUGCAAUGGAGGAGACUGAGGAGGCAGCCAAUGCAUCGGAGUGGGUAGAUGCAGUGGCAGAGGAGGAGGAAGGAGAGGAAGAAGAUGAUAUGCCAGUACAAGAGGAGCAGUUUGAGGCAAAUGAUAAAAUGGCCGAGGAAAAGAUGGAGGCAAAAGAGGAGCAGGUUGUUGCAGAUGAGGAGCAAGUAGUCUCGGCUGAAAAGGUGAAGGCUGAGGUGGAGCAGGUCGAGGAUGGAGAGGAGCAGAAUGGGGCUUUUGUGGAGCAGCUGGAGACUCGGGCUGAGGAGGAGCAAGUCAUGAUGUGUGAGGAGGAGAAUGCCGAAAAGCCGAAGGUAGAGGAGCAUCUCGAGAAGGUUGAGGAAAAGCAGUCUGUGGAGGCUGAGGAGAAGCAGUCUGAGGAGGCUGAGGAGAAGCAGUCUAAGGAGGCUGAGGAGAUGCAGUCUGAGGAGGCUGAAGAGAAGCAGUCCGAGGAGGCUGAGGUGAAGAAGUCUAAGGAGGCUGAGGAGAAGCAGUCUGGGGAGGCUGAGGAGAAGCAGUCUGAAGAGGCUGAAGAGAAGCAGUUUAAGGAGGCUGAGGAGAAGCAGUCCGAUGAGGCUGAGGAAAAGCAGUCUGAGGAGGCUGAGGAGAAGCACUCUGAGGAGGCUGAGGAGAAGCAGUCCGAUGAGGCUGAGGAAAAGCAGUCUGAGGAGGCUGAGGAGAAGCAGUCUGAGGAGGCUGAGGAGAAGCAGUCUAAGGAGGCUGAAGAGCAAGUUGAGGCUGACGAGCAGAUGGAGAAGGCGGGGGCGAUGGAGUUGGUGGAUUCUGAGAAGGCAGAUGGCGAGCAGGAGGGUGAUGAUGAGAAGAAAGAUUGUAUUAGAAGGAGAACCAAGUGGUGGAAACUUCUUUGUUGUUUUGGUUGGAGGAGUCGGAGGAGGCGCUUUUCAGAAUAAAAGGAAAAUAUUUUAGAAUUAUAGUUGAUUAACGGUAUAAUACAAUAGACCUGUAAAUAAAUAAUUUUUCAUUUAUAUAUCAAGGCAUUCUAAAAGACAUUUUAUGUCAUGAUGGUCUGUUGCUAGG